AUGAAGGGGGCAGGCCCGGCUCCCCAGCGGUCGGGAAGGGGGCGGCGGCCGGCGCAGCACGUAGCGCACGUGUGGGGCCCGCUCCCCACCCCCGCCGCCGCCUCCGACUCAGACGACUUUCCAGGGCUCCCGGUAUCGCCCGUGCGCCUCCUUUCCGCCCAGACCUCGGUCUCUGCGCUUUCGCGAUCGAGCUUUGGGCGGGACGAGAAGAAUGUGGUUGCCCACACCAAGCGGGAGGGAUAUUUCACAAAAGAUGAGAGAAACCCGUCGAACUCAGAGGACUGCAUGAGAGCCAUCCUCCCCAUGGGACUGGUAAACCACGUGGGAGAUCCAGACAGGGAACAGAGCUGUGCCUGUGGUGCAUGGCUGACGGUGGGGAUCUCUUCAGUGCCACGACAGGAUCGAAGCAGCCUUGUGUAUACAUUGGUCUCCAUGUUCCGUGCUUCUUCUAAGGCUGAGCGGAAACAUCUCACAGUGCUGGUCCACCUGGCGGGUUCUGACCUCACCUGGCUCAGAGACACUGUUGCCCAUAUUUCAAGCCUCUUCAGCCCACAGAUCUUGGCAGGGCAGUUGCUACUGAUCCACGCUCCAUCCGAUGCCUACCCCACUGUGGAUGGCAUAAGGACUGAUGGGCAUCGUGGAAAAUUCUACUCCAAGGAGAACAUAGAUCAUGCCUUCCUCAUGAGCUUUGCCACAAAGCUCUCUGAUUACUUCCUCUUAAUAGAGGAUAAUGUGUUUUGUGCCCCCAACUUUGUCACCCACAUUUAUUUGCAGGUGACCACCAUGAAGUCCAUCCCAUGGGUGCUACUGGAAUUCUCAAAUAUGGGCUUCCUUGGCAAACUCUUCCACAGCAGGGACCUCCCACUCCUGGCCCAUUUCCUCCUCCUCUUCUACAAGGAGAAACCCCUUGACAGGCUGAUCCCUCAUUUCCGUACCCUCCUGGUCCAGGAAAACCCAAUCCUCUGCAAGCCGUUCCUCUUCUACCACAGGGUCUCCUAUCCUACCUUUAAUGACAAGAAGGAUGCCACAUUUCUGAAAAAGAAUGCUUAUGGGCCUGACAACCCACCUGGAGCCGUUUUCACUGAUAUGAAGGUUUCUGAUGUUCAUUUCCCCUGGGAGGCCUACACUCUGGAUGAAUCAUUCUUUUGGACAUACAACGUUAGUGUUGGGAACCAUCUGACGGUGAUUUUGAACCAGCCAGCAAACCUCAGCAGAGUGCAAGUGCUGACGGGCUCCAUCGUGGAUGGAGAGUAUGCCCUAGCGAAGGGGCAAGUGGAGCUGGGCUACUCCCCCCAGGGGAUGUCUCAGUACUGUACCAGCUUUGCCUUGCUGGGCCAUCUCUUGGAAGGGCAGAUGGAUCAGAAGAUAUUCCUGAUAAAUAUGGGGUACCACGUGAGCUGCGUGAGGCUGGUGGUGAAAGCUAGUCAGGUUGGCGGUCUCAUGAUCAGGCAUAUCUACCUCUGGGAGGAAGCUGGUCAGAGCUGA